AGUAUUGUGCAAUAAACACACUAACCCUACUCAUUUCAACAUGUAACAUUUGUAAACCAAUAAUUUUGUAGAACAUAAAGUUACCGUUUGAAGUCUUCACAUUUUCAGAAAAAAAAUCCGUAUCAAUUUCCCAUUUCCCAAAAACUUUACAGGGCAUUACCAACACUCUGACCCAUCAGAUACAAGACCUUUAUUUCUUGUUUCACUUCACUACUUUUCUCUCCGAUUCUUUCACAAUGUUGAAAAUGGCGGGUCUCUUGGCUCCUCUUUUCUUCCUCUAUGUUUCUGUUGCAGGUCAAGAACUGCUACAAAUCUCAAGUCUCAAUAACCAUGGUUCAGUACAAGAGGAAUUACAGUCGACAUCACAUGCAAUGGGAGUAUUCUUGGAUGAAAGGAAGCUCAACGAGGUGUCAACCAGCAUUUUAAUGGCGGAAACGUGGCUUAGGACUCAUGUUUUAUCUCGUUACCCUUCUACAAAUGUAACCGCCAUUGUUGUUUCUAAUAGGCUUCUGUGUGGUGACAAAAGCUUUGAAGACCAAGAAGAAAUUUCGAGGUUAACACUUGUUGCAAUGGAGAACGUUUAUCAUUCUCUUGUUAGAUGGGGCUUAGAGAGGAAAAUUAGAGUUUCUGUUUUGAUUUCCUCAAAAUGUUUACUCAAAUCGUACCUUAAACCUGUUUUUAAGUUACUGGAAGAGAUAAAUUCGACCUACACUAUGAAAACACAUGAUUUUUCGGAUGAAAAUGUUGAAAUUUUGAGUUCGAACUUGAAAUCCAUGGCGGAUUUGGGUGUUUUCCGGUCGAAAACAGUGAAUGUGAUAUCUUUUGAGACGAAACAAGAGAAACCCAGGUCAAGAAAACUCGCAUCGGAGGUGGGUUACUCUGUUCCCUCCGACGCCGCCACGACCCCUCUCCCACCGCUCAUCGGGGUCACUUCACCGCCGCCGCUGUCUCUACCUUUUGCGCCGGAGAUGCAACCUCCGAUGACGGGUACACCUAACAGCCCACCACCGCAUUAUGGAUAUGAUCUACCGCCCUGCAAUCCCUAUCCUACACCUCAUCACGGCCGCAGAGGUCGAGGUGCAAUGGCUGCUCCACCACCGAUGGGCGACGGUGGUGCGAUAGCAGCCCCGCCACUUUCGCAUGAAGGAGUGUGGUGCGUUGCGAAACCGAGUGUGCCGUCGGAGAAGUUGCAGGAAGCUAUGGAUUACGCCUGUGGAGAAGGCGGCGCCGAUUGUGACCCGAUUAGUCCCACCGGAAGCUGUUAUUUUCCGGACUCCAUUGUUGCUCAUGCUUCUUAUGCUUUUAACAGUUAUUGGCAGAAAAACAAGAAGAAUGGUGGAACAUGUGGCUUUGGAGGGACUGCUAUGCUCAUCGAUUCUGACCCAAGUUUUCAUCAAUGCCAUUUCACGCUUGACGAAACCGUAACCCCAAAAUACGUUGCUAUUUCUCGAAGACCGGUUCCAAAAUCGAAAACCCGGCAAAAACCGGACCCGGAACUGGAACCGGUAGAACUGCCGGGCCGGUUUGGUUCUGGAUUUUGGCCAAAGCUGGUUCCCGGGUCGGGUCCUGGUCGGGCCGAUUCUGGGCGGUUCGGUCAUUUUGCUCAUACCUACUUCGCUCUGUUUAGCAUCUUAAAGGCUUUGUUAAUAGUGAGCAACAUCGAUAUUGCUCGCUAUAAAUAUCCAUAUUGUUGGCUAUAA